GUCUGCCCAAUGGGCGCUUUGCGAAGGCAUGUUCUUAGCGCGCGGGGGGACGCCCUUGGUGGUUUAUCAUGCUAGGAGGUGGGAUUUGGAGUGGGAAACAUCCAAUGAGCUGGAGAAACGCUCUAAUAACUGAUGAAAAUAUUGCGCGGAGCAUGACGUAUGUAUACUGAGCCAGCCUGAUGUAGGCCCGUCUUGGAUGUUCGGUUUUCCUUCUUUGCUCGCUUGUUGGCCAGAGGGGUCAAGGAGUGGGCGGUGAUGAGCCGGAUCUUCGGGGCCUCCUCCUAGGACAGCGGCGGCUGAGAGGGGCGUCGGACACUUUACUGACUGUGAGCCUUUUGGGACCAUCUUAUCAUUCCUUUUGCUAGGAGACAGAGAUCACCUGUACAUUACUGGGGUUUAUACAGUAUGGGUGCUGCUUACUGCCUCCUGUGCUGGGCGCUGCUGGCUUGCUGCUAGGUGGUGGAUGCAUUGCUGCUACUGGAUGCUGCAGCUGCUGUUGCCUGCUGCUGCCUGGGAGAGUCUGAGAGAUCUGGCCAAGGCCAUUAUGUCCCUGAGGGGCCAUCUUUUCUACUGUCAGUACCUACCUACUACAGCUGUUUAAAUGAGAAUGUCCUUGGCCCAGAGAGUGCUUCUCACAUGGCUCUUCACAUUACUGUUCCUGAUCAUGUUGGUGUUGAAGAUGGAUGACAAGGCACCGUGGAACUGGUUUCUAAUAUUUAUCCCAGUUUGGAUAUUUGAUACUAUUCUUCUAGUUAUGAUCAUUGUGAAAAUGGCUGGCCGUUGUAAAUCUGGCUAUGACCCUCGCAAUGGCUCCCAAAACCUCAAGAAGAAAGCCUGGUACCUUGCAGCAAUGUUGCUUAAGCUGGCCUUUUGCCUUGCUCUCUGUGCUAAAUUGGAAGAGUUUGCUGUAAUGAAGCUAGUUUAUGUCUUUAUUCCCCUUUGGGCAUUGCUCAUUGGAGGGAUGAUAGAACUUGGAUUCAACAUCUUCUGUGUACAAAGAGUUUAACUUUUCCAUAAACUAGGUUUAGCCUUUCCAUUCAGUAUCACAUUCCUUAGCAACUCUAAUUUCAACUCUGAGCAACUCUAUAAACUUACAGCACCUAAAGGAACAACCAUGAAUGCAGUUUAUAAACUGAGAUUCUUUACUGAAAUGCCUUGGACUUGACUCUUCAGUUUUUGAAGCACAGCUUUCUGGUUUUUAUGUAAAUACUGUAAAUAAAAAAAACACCAUAAUUGUUUUUAA